AUGCGCCCGCAGCGUCCGUCGUUCCUCGGGUUUCACGAUCCAGCUUCCGGGAAUCCGCUGCAAAUCCGCCGCCUACCGCCGACCGUCACCGCAUCUACGUCCGACCUCGCGGCCCAGAGGCACUUCCAGCGACUCCAGCAACCUCAGGGGGUCGACUGUCACGACCGUUGGGCCGGGAUGCUUUCACGGGGCGCCUUCAGCCUUUCGACGCAUAGGUAA